GUUCAUCUACGAAGAACGAAAUGUGGCCAUAGCGAUGACCUUGAGGUGGUAGAGAAUUUCGAUAUUGACGUUUACAAAGUCUUCUCCUAUUGGUUCUCCCCACCGCUUGUCACUCAGCACUGUCAAAGGUGUCAAAUAUCUCGCCGUUAUAAUUUUCAUCAUUACAAUUUUUGCGUCGAGUAGUGAAGUGUUUGCGUUGAUUAAUUUCCGUACCUUUAUUUCUCCGUGAUAAUUGUGAUAUUCAGUGCUACUUGGCAUUUUGAUCUUCAAAAUGCUUCGCAAGUGCUGUAUACCCGGCUGUGAUAGCAGUAGUAAACGAAAGGACGUUAUGCUGCACAAAAUGCCAGCAGCGAGUGAAAAAGUGAUAAUGUGGAAGAAAACUAUGUCAGCAGUAUUCAACUUGUUCGAAGGUUUGGCAUCAGAUGAAAUCGGCAAACUGUACGUUUGCCACAAACACUUCGAAGCCAGAUACAUCUCUUCAAAGUUGCGCUUACGGCCAAACGCGUGUCCAACAUUAUUUACUGAAGAAGAAAUCACCACGGGAACGCCGGCUCACCCUUCGGUUGAACGAGGAUUCAUUGAACUUGAAAUGAGGAACUCUGACCACUCGUAUGCAAGGAGAUGUCAUAUUGACCACACUUAUGCCAUGAGCGCACCAACAAAUAAUUCAGAUGAUGCUGCUGGUUUACCGCCACACAUCACAACUGGAGCUGAUUCAGGUGGAGUUACACUGGAACAUAUUACACCGAGCGUAGAACUGUCUAUUGAGCCGUCAUCCUGUCUUAAUUCAGAGUGCGUCCAAUCCAGCGCAAGAUCAAGCCUGCUCGUCGCUCGUCACGGCUGUGAUGUCGUCAAUGUGAACAUCGAAGCUGGCAUCAAUACCCAAGUGUUUGAUGUCAUUAAACAAGAGGUCAGCGAAUGGAAUGAGGCCAAAAAAAUGUGUUCCAUAAUAUUUGAUGAGAUGAAGUUGGACGCUGGCAUUCAUUACUCUAGGAAACGUGACAAUAUCACUGGAUUCGUAGAAUUGUCUGAAAAGACCAACCACUUGGCCGACCACGCUCUAGCAUUUAUGAUUAAAGGCGCGGUUCAUAAGUGGCAACAGCCGGUGGCGUAUUACUUCUCCGAAGGUGCCGCGUCGGGUCCGCAGAUGAAGGCCAUCAUCAAGGACAUAGUGGCCGCCGUGUGCGAGACGGGGCUUCAGCCUAUCGCUUUGAUAAGCGACCAGGGGACUUCAUUUCAAAGCGCCUUUAAAAGCCUUCAAGAGGAAACUAAAAGAUCACAAAUCUUAGCAGGCCAGAAUACCGACGACACUAUACACUUAAAUGGCCAUAGUCUUAGUGUAGUGUAUGACCCGCCACAUUUAAUCAAAGGAGUGAGGAAUAACUUCUUGACGAAGCAUAUUAUAAUGGACGGCAAAGUGUCGAAGUGGCAAGACUUGGUGGACGUGUACCGCACGGACUGCCGCCACGCGCAAGCUCGCCUGCUGCACAAGCUCAACGACGAGCACAUACUCCCGGAGAAAAUCAAGAAAAUGAAGGUGAAAAACUGUGUGCGUGUUUUCAGUCAAACCAUGGCAGCAGCUUUAUCUUACACAGCUUCAUUUUCGCACUACGCGGACGGCACGCCUGUGAGCGCUACGCUGUCCAACACGGCAGAACUGGUGGCCUUCCUCGAUGACCUGUUCGACAGCGUCAACGGCGCCAGCACCCACCACAAGCACACAAAGGGAAAGCAACUGCGGACUGCCGUAACUGAAAACUCAAAACAUCACGAUUUCUGGGUGAAGGCGAUAGAAAUAAUAGAAAAAAUUGAAUUCCGUGAUAUCAACGGAAAAUUGACAACAGUUCCGACGUUGAAAAAUUGGUUGACAACUUUAAAAAGCUAUCAAAGGCUGUGGCAGGUUAUGAAAGAAAAAAUAUCAAGAUAAUGCGCCCGCGGUAUUUUAACUCCGACGCAAUAGAAAAUUUUUUCGGAAGAGUGCGAGCGUACAACGUCAGAAAUAACGACCCGACCUGCCACGCUUUUGAGUGCACUUUUAAGUCACUAUUAGUAACUAAUUUAAUAAAAUUUCACCAAAAUACAUUUAAUUGUGAGGAAGACUGUGCUGAGGAAGUUAUUAAAAUUCAGUCGUUGUUUGCUCACACUGAAGAAGACAAUGCAAUGAUCGAGGAUAGUACCAUAUUGGUUGAUUCUGCGCCUUCAUCAUUAUCAACUUUCACCGAUCGUGAAGACGGCGCAGAACAACUAAUCGUGCAAGCCACACGGGAGCGUCUGGAUGUACACUCACGGGCAUAUACCGCGGGAUGGGUCACAAGAAAAGUAUUAAAAAUAUUGAAAUGUAACGAUUGUGAGAAAGACUUAACAACUGAAGAAACGGAUAUCCAUAAAUGGAUAUCCAAAAGAGAAUACAAUGUCAUCAAAAAGAAUAAAUUGACCUAUCCCUCGGAACAUGCUGUGAGGUUUUUUGGGAACAUUGUAGACGAAUCGAAUGAAUAUUUGGAACACAAUGCCCAUAAAGCAAACAUCAAAAAACAAAUUACUCAAGUUGUACUUUCCAAAUAUUCAUUCGAUUUUGUCAAAUGCGAAAUGCACCGUGUUUUGGCAGGGCAGACGUUUUUAUAUGUAUCUCUGACAUUGUCGAUCUUCAACUGGUGCAAUACUAUAAAUAAAAUUUUAAAAGGCACUGAUGUGUCACGACUGACCAUGAAAAACUUGCCUCAAAUGCAAGCACAGGCUUUCAGAAAAUAUAAAAAAAGGUUUAGAAAUAAAUGAUUGUGUUUAUA